AUGGUCAAAGCAGCGCCUUUGUCCGUCCUCCCUCUAUCGACAGUCCUACGGACACUAGCCACAACGACCAUAUCGUCAUCGCCGACACUGCUGCCGCCCUCGCUCGCCAUGAUGUCUACUCUGGCAUACUCCCAGCGUGCCAUCUUUAACCCCGACAGGAACCCGGUACUACGUUGGUUCCUCAAGAAGACGUUCUACGCUCAGUUCUGCGCCGGUGAGAACGCGCUCGAAGUCCGCCGCACUGUUGAUGGACUAAAGAAGAUCGGCUUCACCGGGGUGAUCUUGGGUUAUGCCAAAGAAGUCGUCCUGACCGAGUCGCAAGAGCGCAAUCUGACAGUGCGCGACGACGGUCCCGCUGCCGAGGCGUGUCUUCGCAACGAGAUCAUCCCGUGGGCAGCAGGAACCAAGGAGACGGUCCGCCUCGCGCAGGCAGGCGACUUCGUCGCCUUGAAGUUCAGCGGCGCCGGGCAGCAGGCACUUUACGCCCUGAAGAACCGCCUUCCGCCUUCCAAAUAUCUAGCGAACGCCAUCGACGAGAUUUGCCAGUUGGCAGUCCAGAGGGACGUGCCGCUGCUGUGCGAUGCCGAACAGACUGCCAUCCAAGCCGGCAUUGAUGACUGGACCUUGCAUUACCAACGCAAGUACAAUACCACACCCGGGCACGCCAUCAUCUACGGCACGUACCAGGCCUAUCUGAAAGCUACGCCCGCAACACUCGGUUCCCACCUGUCGAUCGCCUCCAAGGAGGGCUUCACCCUCGGCGUGAAGCUCGUGCGCGGUGCAUACCUCGGCACCGAUCCCCGCGAGAUCAUCCACGACUCCAAGGCCGACACCGACAAGUGCUACGACGGUAUCGCUGCAAGCCUCAUCCGCAAGCAGUGGGGCCCCGUCCUGCACCAGGACGCCGCCUUCCCCCAGGUCAGCAUCCUGAUGGGCUCGCACAACCUUGAGUCGGUCCGCAAGGCCCGCGCGAUACGCGACAGCGGCGAGUCGGCCAACACGGAGCUGGCAAUUGCGCAACUGCAGGGCAUGGCCGAAGAGGUCAGCUGCGAGCUCGUGUGCGCAGCGAAGCAGUGCGAUGGGUAUGUGCGCAGCAGCGGCGAGGUGCCGAGGGCCUACAAGUACAUUGUCUGGGGCACGACCAAGGAGUGCAUGAAGUAUCUGCUUCGGCGUGCGCAGGAGAACAAGGAUGCGGUUUCGCGGACGAAGAGCGGGCGUGAUGCGCUGUGGAACGAGGUCAAGAGGCGUAUGAGGGCGACCGUCGGCCUGGCUUGA